GUGAGAUACUUCAUACUUGCCUUAGCAAACAGCACUAACGAGUCCGUAUCACAUUCCUAGAGAAGGCAGACAUUGAUCAGCCAAUCAGCGCUCAGUACACAUCCACAGCUGAGAGAAACAACGCGAGAUCUCCGAGAGAGAGAUUCAGCGAGAGGAACCGUAAACACCGGCGAGCCAGAACCCGAUUCUCCCUCUGCGGAUCUGCUGGAUAAAACGAAGGGUUUUCAUGCUCUUGAGACUGCACAGAAACAGUACAGUUUGGUGGAGGUAUGACAUUAACCAGGGGCUCCUUCACUUAUUCCAGCGGAGAAGAAUAUACUGGAGAAUGGAAGGAAGGUCGGAGGCACGGUAAAGGUGAGCUGAAGUUUGCUGAUGGCACCUGUUAUAAAGGUCACUUUGAGAAUGGCCUGUUCCACGGAUCAGGGGUGUUAGUCUUUCCCGAUGGAUCCAGGUACGAGGGUGAAUUUGCCCAGGGAAAAUUCCAAGGGGUCGGAAUCUUCAGCAGGUUUGACGGGAUGAAAUUUGAAGGGGAAUUCAAAAGUGGCCGUGUGGAAGGAUAUGGGCUGCUGACAUUUCCAGAUGGUUCCCAUGGUGCUCCGCGGAAUGAGGGAGUGUUUGAGAACAACAAGCUUCUGAAACGUGAAAAGUGUCAGGCUGUGGUGCAGAGAGCCAAGAACUCAGCAUCCACUGCCCGCGGCUUCUCUGUAUGACAAACUGACCUCAGUGAAAGCACCCCUAACUGCAGCUUUCAGAUCAGGCCCCCAAAUACGUUACGGAUUGCAGUGUCACAAAUGAAGUCUAAGCUGACUCUGGAUCUGCGCUCAGGGGUGAUCUCUGCCUUCACCAAACAACGGAGCUCAAGAACAUGUGAGAUCCAUCAGACCCUCAGGGAUGGAUGAAAGUGUUUCCAUUCCACACAUCUCUGUUUCUCUCACAUUGUUGCUCUGCCUUGGUUUCCUCUGUGGCUUAAAAACAUCACAAAAUUCUGUACGUUUGUUAUGGAGGCAUGGAUAAACUCAAGUCACCAUCAGAGGCAUUGCAGGUAAAGAAGUGUGGUCAAAUGAAGAUGUUUUUGGUAAAUGAAUGGAAUUUGCCUUCAUGAGUCUGCGAUUUGACUGUAUCGUUGCUAUUGUAAGUGUUUGAUUGUGUCUUUAUUGCACAUUUGCCUUAGUUCUUGCAUUAAAAGUCAAUAUUGCUGGAUUAAAAUUUUGUUACCGAUAUACAACGACAGUGAGGGAAUGUUUUCAGCAAGC